CUCAAAUUAGUACCUGGUGCGGUGUGUAAACAUGGGAGACAAAGGCGGGCAGGCGUGGUGCUGGCCACCCACCUGCUCAGAAUCAGAAUAUUUAUCCUGGAGAAAUCCGAUGAGCUAUGAAAUAAUUUUUCACAAAUUUUCAAUCAGGGUGGGUCAGAAAGUUACAACAGCAAACAAUAAAAAAACGAUAGGAGUGCAAAGCAUAAGAAAGGUAUCUAAAUUACUCAAAAUAAAUACGUUAACUAAACAAAGGAUAUAAGUUCAAUUUGCUGUUGUCUCGUGCGCUAAUAGCACAUUCCCCCCCCCCCCCCCAAACUGUCUGUUUAAGCCGCACACGGCGGAUGUUUGUGUUUGUCUUUUGCUGGCCGCGUGCGCUGGCGCGUGCGCGGCCCGUGCCCCAGUGCUCGCGCACGUGCGGCAGCAGUGGCGUGCAGUCCCGGAGCCUGCGCUGCCGCCGGCUGCUGGCCGACGGCAGCUCGAGGGACGUGGACGAGCAGCUGUGCCCCGACAGCAGGCCGCUCGCCCAGCAGGCGUGCGGCGGCGGCCAGAGCGAGUGCCCCGCCGAGUGGGUGGCCUCCGAGUGGGGCCAGUGUUUGGGAAGCUGUGGCACUGGCACACAGCACAGGGAUGUGAGCUGCCAGUUCUCCACAGCAGCAGAGGCCACGUCCGUGGCCAACGCCUCUCAGUGCUCGUCACUUCCAAAGCCACUCGCCAGCCGUGCGUGUACCCUGCCACCCUGCAACAAGAUGAACCUGAAGGAUGGCAAGACCAAACCCAUUUGGAAAGGCGGAUCGUCCGCAAACGGGGGGCCGCAGAUCCUGGGGGUGCGUCGGAUCUACAUCCCAUCGCCCUGGGAGAACCUGCUGGCGUUUCCCGUGGGGGGCACGGCAUACCUCUUCCCCAAGAGCAUGGUAGUGCUCAAGUGCCCCGUGGCGCGGUUCCAGCACUCGCGCGUCCGCUGGGAGAAGGACGGUCGCUCCCUCGCCGAGUCCGACCGCCACAGCGUCACGCGCUGGGGCUGCCUCAAAAUCCGCUGCCUGCAGCCCGACGACAUCGGCGUGUACACGUGCGUGGCCGGGCAGGCGCGCGAGAGCUUCACCAUCAAGCUCAUCGGCGAGAACAGCCGCGUCCUGGAGGCGCCCGGGCACAAGGAGCGCAACGGCGACGGGAAGGCAAAGCUCAACGAGGCCACGGGACCUGAGGGCGGCGCGCUCGGCAAGCAGCCGCAGAAAGGAGGGGACAAGCGCGACGUGGAGAAGAGCCGGCAGCACAUCGUGUCCCUGUUGCUGGAGAGCAAGCUCCUGACUCGCGAGAGGAUGGAGAGCCGUGACUCGCGCGAAUCCCUCGAGAGGGACUCUAACCUCUCCUCCUCUGAGGAGGAGGAGCUCCACCUGGGCAGAGAGCCCUCCGUGCCCUGGGCCUACGUCACCGAUCAGGAAAAGCUGCAGCAGAUCAUGCGCAACCUGACGCAGCACUUCGAGCUGCCGGAACUGAGCGACGUGCAUGCCGCGCAGAUUAUCGCCCAGUUGGCCGCCGAGCCGCGGGCAAAGCAGAAGCAGUGGGCGGACGCGGACGAGAACGAGUCGAGCAUGCGCUCCGAGGACAAGAGCCUCGACUCGGAGCCGCAGGAGGGGCUGAAGGAGAACGCGCAUGCACGGAAGGCCAAGCCGUCGGGCCACGUGGCCAGGCCUCCCUCGUCGUGGCCGUCGCUCAGGCCGGCGCCGGCGGGGUCGAGGCAGCAGCCCGGCCGCCGCCCACCCGGCGCCCACGAGGGCAAGCGCGGCGGGUCGGCGCGCAUCAUCCGGCGGCAGGCACGCUCGGCGCUCACGGAGCUGAGCAAGGACGUGACGGUGCACGUGGGCGGCCUUGCCGUGGUGGGGCUCGGCACGCGCAGCCUCGCGCUGCUGUGCCCCGUGGAGGGGCCUUUCGUGAAGACGCACGUCGCGUGGAGCAGGGACGGGACCCCCGUGGCCACCAGCAGGAGAGUGCUCCUGCUGCCAGACAAGUCUCUCAAGAUCCUGAACCCGGGCGUGAACGACGCCGGGCUCUACACCUGCAGCGCGACUGCCGAGGCUGGCACAGACCACGAGUCCACGCUCAUCACAUUCGCAGCGAUGGGAGACCUGGAGAAAGCUAUUAAAGCGAACAAAGCUGUGAACAGUCGGGCGAGAUGUCACAUCGAAGAGCUGCCAAGCCUGCUGCCAAGAGAAUGGAAUUCUGGGAAGCGGCUAGCGAUGGCAUCGAGGCGGGGAGCGAACGUUCGCACCGCCCCUGGAGAAUUCGUCAUCAUCGGCUGCCCGGUGGUGUGCCACCCGUUCCUGCCGGUCACUUGGCUGCACGGUGGCCAGGCGGUAGCGGCGGAGAGGGAUGCCGAUGGCCCUGAGUUUGCGGGGGGCGGCCGUCUGCUGGUGCUGCCGCCCGCGAGCGCCGGCCUCCCGGGGCACUACUCCUGCUCGCCGUCGCACGCCCACGGCAACGCCUCCUCCUCAACCUCCUCCUUCGCCUCCAGCGGACGCCUGAGCGCGAACGUCACCGUGCAGCCCGCAGAGCACCGGUGGUUCGUGAACGACACGGCCAGCUGCCCCGCGAGCUGCGGGAACGCGAGCGCGCGCGGCGCACCCGCGCCGCGGUGCGUGCGCGACAACGUCACGGUCGUGAGCGACGCCUUCUGCAGCCUCCUGCCCAGGCCGCAGCUGCCGACCAACUCCCCGUGCCCAGCCGUCGGCUGUCAGCCAUGGUGGGUGACGGGGCCCUGGUCUGACUGCUCCGAGGCGUGCGGCGCAGGCGUGCGGGUGCGAAGCGUCGUCUGCCGCUCGCCGGCUGGCGCCACCGCCCUGCCCGACUACAGCUGCAGGGGGGCGGAGCGCCCGGCGCGAGCCGAGCCCUGCAAGCGCCACGGUUGCCCCGAGUGGGCCGUCGGGGCCUGGGCAGAGUGUACAGGCCGGUGCGUUGGACUUGGCAUCGGAACUCAGCAUCGGAGAGUCCUCUGCUUCCUGCACAAUGGCACGGCUGCACCUGAGGGCGACUGUGCCAGCAAGGCAAGGCCCGGCUCGGUGCAGAACUGCAGCGUGGAGGCGUGCGCCGUGCAGUGGCGGACGGGCCCCUGGGCCGUGUGCACGGCGAGCUGCGGCACGCACGGCUUCCAGGCGCGGCGCGUGGAGUGUGCCCAUGUGCGCACGGCGCGCCCCGCCCCCGACGCGCACUGCGCAUGGCAGCACAAGCCCGCGACGUGGCAGCGCUGCAACAUCACGCCCUGCGCCACGACCUCGGAGUGCCGGGACAGCAGCCGGUACUGUGAGAUGGUGCAAAAGCUGAACCUCUGCCAACUGCCCACCUACCGCUUGCGUUGCUGCCAGGCUUGCAGAGAAUCCUAGGCCUGCGCACCUCCUGCGGAUGGCCUGCUCGUUCAAAUGGCUCUGCUUGCCCCUGUGCGCCCUACCAUUCAGCCAGCGUUCUUAAGAAGUCCAUGCACAAGUUAAGGCAACCACUGAAAAUAAUCGAACUUUUUUUGAUGAAAAUACCUUUAUUUUUUCCUCUCUCUCUCCAAAAACUAUUCUUUUUUUACUGACCACUGUACAUGUCUUCAAAGUUUUUUUUUUAUAUAUAUAUUUAAAGAUACAGAAGGAAAUUGGAGUUGCUGAAGAUGUGUCAGAAUAUGGCAACCUUUCAAGAAAUGGGUUCCAAGAAACUGCCAAGCAAAUGUAAAUCUUUUAACAUGACUAAAAAAACCUACCAAGAACCAUAGCCAUUUUUCUUUUGUAAGGAAAAGAUGAAUGAGUGGAUGUUUUAAAACAACGUAAUGCUAUUCUGCUCAUGGCUUCAUGUCCUCAAAACAUCACAGUCUUCUAAGCAGCGGAAAAGCAAGGAAACAUCCAGCUUCCUCUAACUGCAGAUGAACCCAAAAUAAUUAUCUUAAUCACAGGAAUGUACUCAUUUACUCAAGAUCCUUCCAACACUCUUGUGGUGUGUGAGUCUUUUUUCUGGCUCAUGAGAUGUCAACACAAAACAUAAUAAGAGCAAAACAAUAAAAGCAUGACUACCUUUGGGACUUGCCAGGGUAGUCUGACUGCCAGUAACGUUUAUCAUGGCUUGAUCUUAUGAAACGAAUUUUUUUGGGUGAACUUUCUGGCAAUGUAGAGACCUUGGGAGUAAAAACACACAGACACAAAUGGCCAAAGCAAUAUAAACAAAAAUACAACCAAAAAUGUAUAACGUUCAUCCCCAAUUUGAUUAUUACAAGCAAUUAAUGCUAAGGCACUUAAACCCUCCCUAACAGUUCAAGUUUAUUGUCAUUACCAC